UUUUUUUGUCAGUUUUUUUGUGCGCUCGGCCGCUCGUGUGUCUUUAUUGUGCUUUGCUGUCUCUCAGUGUACAUACCGUCACUUUAAUAACGUUCUUGUUUCUUCAACUAAACGAUCAAAUUUUUAUCGUGUUAUAAUUCAACAAAUAACAGAUUAAUAAAUCUCAUCAGCAAUGGCUCGUACAAAGCAGACAGCUCGUAAAUCAACUGGAGGAAAAGCUCCAAGAAAACAAUUGGCAACCAAGGCUGCACGUAAAAGUGCACCAUCAACUGGAGGUGUUAAGAAACCACAUCGUUACAGACCAGGAACAGUUGCUCUUCGUGAAAUCAGAAGAUACCAAAAAUCAACUGAAUUGUUGAUUCGUAAAUUACCAUUCCAACGUUUGGUUCGUGAAAUUGCACAAGAUUUCAAGACAGAUCUUCGUUUCCAAAGUGCUGCAAUUGGUGCACUUCAAGAAGCAUCAGAAGCAUACUUGGUUGGUCUUUUUGAAGACACAAAUUUGUGUGCAAUUCAUGCAAAACGUGUCACCAUUAUGCCCAAGGAUAUUCAAUUGGCUCGAAGAAUUCGUGGUGAACGUGCUUAAGAUAAUCAUCAAUUAAUAAACAACCUAAAAAUAAACAAUAAUAAAUUGUUUAUUUUUGAUAAAUAUCACCGGCAUUAUGAAUUCGUGUUUAAUUCAUUAUUACUUGUAGUCGUUCAUUUGAAUAUUUCAUUAAUAAUCUAUUAUCACCAUGAUGUUUGGUUAAUAAAUUUGAAAAUUAAAUAUUAACUUUUUUUUCUUUUCGGCAAAUUUAUCGGUUUAUAAUUAAUUAAAUGAAAAAAAUAAAUUUCGAACAUCAAAAUCAAUAAUAUCCAUAAUGAAAUUUAUUUCUUUAUGAUAUUUUCUUCAUGUACAAAUAGAGUAUAUUAAUAUUCAUAAUCUUAUAUAAUUUUAGUAGGGAAAUAAAAGAGUAAUAAAAAUUUAGAUAUUAGUUUAUUAAUUCUUAAAAUAAUUAAAAAUAAUAAAUUAAUAUUCUUUUCGAUUUAAACAAUAUAAUUUAAGUCGUUAUUAUUAAUUUAAAACAAAACAAAAAAUUAUAUUUUAUUUCUCACUAACUUUUAUUUUGUAAUUUUAUCAUUAUUUAAAUAAUAAUGACAUGGGGAAAUAUCUUAUUACUUUGCAAGUAAAUAAUUAAAAUAAAUAUUAAAAACUAAAUUUCAAAAUUAUUAUUUAUUUAAAAAGAAAUAAAAAAAAUAACAUUUUUAUUCUUCCCAUUCAACAUUACUUAUUUGAAUAAUAAUCUAAAAUAAAUUUUCAAUAUAAUUAUUACUCAUUAUUAACCAUUUUAGAACAAUAAUUGUUUAGAAAUAAAUUUCAAUAUGUAAGCAAUGUAAAAUAAAGAAACAAAAAAAAAAACUAAA